AACUGAGAUUCCUGCAGAGAAGCAGCAGCAGCAGCAGUUCUGUCCCCUUCAAGUCCAUCAACCUUCUCCUGAAGCAGGGAGCUUCAUCAUCUUUCCUUUGACUCUGUUUUCUCUCUGAGCCGCCAUGAAUCCGCCCUGUGGGAGAUGCAACAAACCGGUUUACCCCACAGAGAAGAUCAACUGCCUGGAUAAGUAUUGGCACAAAGGUUGUUUCAGCUGUGAGGUUUGUAAAAUGGCUCUGAGUAUGAACAACUACAAAGGCUUCGAGAAGAAACCCUACUGCAGCAUGCAUUACCCCAAAACGUCGUUCACCAUCGUGACCGACACGCCCGAGAACCUGCGUCUGAAGCAACAGAGCAUGCUCAACAGCCAGGCGCUCUAUAAGGAGGACUUUGAGAGGAACAAGGGGAAAGGCUUCAGCGUGGUGGCCGACACGCCGGAGAUGCAGAGGGUGAAGAAGACGCAGGACCAGAUCAGUCACGCACUCUACAAGGAGGACUUUGAGAAGAACAAGGGGAAAGGCUUCAGCGUGGUGACCGACACUCCGGAGCUGCAGAGGCUGAAGAAGACGCAGGACCAGAUCAGUAACAUCAAAUACCACGAAGAGUUUGAGAAGAGCAAGGUUCGCAGUGACGCACCUCCACCUGAAAACAGACAAGACUAUGAAGAGCAGCCCUCCAACCCUGGAAGAUUCAGUCAACCUGCAGGACAAGUGCGUCCUGCUGCUGUAGCUCCACCUGGUGGAGGGAAGCGCUACCAGGCCAUGUACAGCUACGUGGCAGCAGAAGCAGAUGAAGUGUCUCUGCAGGAAGGCGACCUGAUCCUAGACGUGGAGCCCAUCGAUGAAGGCUGGGUGUUCGGCUGUAACCAGCGUACAGGACAGCGAGGGAUGCUGCCGGCCAACUACGUCCGACCUGUGUGAGGCCGGCAGGAGGUCCGCUGAUGCAAUCAGGCUUCUACUGUAAAUCACCUUUUACUCAUGAAACAUGCUGUUUAAAAGCAUCCCUGCCUGGUUCUGCUUUGCCUUUUUUUGUCAGAAAUUUUAUUUUUAAAUACAAUUAAAGAGGUACUUCUUAAAGACUGUUGAAAAGUGUCUCCAGGGGAAAACUAUGAUACUAAAAGCACUGAAAUGGAAGCUUGUCUGUAAUAAAUUAUCCAAAGUAGUGAGUAAACAACUUCAAAAACA